AUGGGCAGUGCCAGCCCCGGGCUGCCCGCUCUGCCCCCCGGCCGCCUCUCCUGGCCGGACCCCGCGCUGCUGCCGCCCCCCCGGGACCCCGACCCCCGGCGCUGGGGCUGCCCGGAGAGCCCCAGCCCCCCCGGGACCCCCGAGCAGCCCCUGCCCGCCUUCUGCCUGCACUACUUCGACAUGCUCUACCCGGAGGACACGGCCUGGGCCACCAAGGGCGCCGCGGAACCGGCCCCGAGCAGCGGCCAGGGCGGGCGGGAGGAGGCGAGGAAGGAGCCGGAGCAAUGUCCCAUCAUCGACAGCCAGGGCCUGGGGCUGGGCACCGAGGGGGACCUGCAGGACAGCCUGCACCUGGAGGAGCACUCGCUGGAGCAGGUGCAGAGCAUGGUGGUGGGCGAGGUGCUGAAGGACAUCGAGACAGCCUGCAAGCUGCUCAACAUCGCCGCAGACCCCAUGGACUGGAGCCCCGGGAACGUGCAGAAGUGGAUCCUGUGGACGGAGCACCAGUACCGGCUGCCGCAGAUCGGGAAGUCCUUCCAGGAGCUGUCGGGAAAGGACCUGUGUGCCAUGUCCGAGGAGCAGUUCUGCCAGCGCUCGCCCGCCUGCGGCGACAUCCUGCACGCCCACCUCGACAUCUGGAAGUCCGCCGCCUGGAUGAAGGAGAAGGCUGCCCCGGGAGAUGUCAGAUACUGCGGAGGUGACACGGGCUGGGCUGACAGCGAGGUGGACUCGUCCUGUGCCGGCCAACCCAUCCACCUCUGGCAGUUCCUCAAGGAGCUGCUGCUGAAGCCGCACAACUACGGCCGCUUCAUCCGCUGGCUCAACAAGGACAAAGGCAUCUUCAAGAUCGAGGACUCGGCGCAGGUGGCGCGGCUGUGGGGCAUCCGCAAGAACCGCCCGGCCAUGAACUACGACAAGCUGAGCCGCUCCAUCCGGCAGUACUACAAGAAAGGGAUCAUCCGCAAGCCCGACAUCUCCCAGCGCCUCGUCUACCAGUUCGUGCACCCGGUGUGA